CAAAAAAUCUGAAAGCAUAUUACUAUUCACGGUGCGAUGUGCAGGUAUACCUGGGUUUGGCUGGGUUCUCUAUCUGUGAGAUGGGAAACUUCUCAAUUCAUCUUCUUCUUAGAAACCUCAGACCUGAAGGAAGCAAGGUCCGGAAGAUCCCUUAUCCUAAUUGGAAUCCUCUUACCUCUCUCUUCAACUUUGUUUCAUGUCCUAACUAUACUUACGAGAUUGGAGCUUGGAUUAGUUUUACUGUGAUGACCCAGUGUUUACCAGCUGGAAUAUUUACUGUUGCAGGAGCCUACCAGAUGAUCAUGUGGGCGCUUGGAAAGCACAGGAACUACCGAGCAGAGUUCAAGACAAAUUAUCAAUUAUGA